GGAGAUCAACACGUGGAGCAGAGACGCCAUUGUUGGCGCCUGUAGUGUUGGCGCACAGAGAGCUGAAGUAGCCCUCCUUCUUCAGGACAAAAACAAGAGAAGCCCAUCCGAAAACGACUCCGGAGAAACACAGACACUCCAGCAGACCCGUCACUAAGGCACCAUGUCACGUCUUGGGAACAGCUUGAAGGUGAAACAUUGCCUCACCUUUGCUUCGGGUCUGUUGGAGUGUCUGUGUUUUGCUGGAACCUUGUUCGGAUGGGCUUCUCUUGUUUUUGUCCUGAAGACGGAGGGCUACUUCAGCUCUCUGUGCGUCAACACCACAGGAGUCAAUGCAACGCAGGUCUUAGAUUGUAGUGGACAGGAUGAACAGUUCUCUCUUGUUUUCACCAUCGCCUCCUUUCUGUUCAGUUUCCUGACACUGCCCACUGGUUUCCUCUUAGACCGGUUUGGUACAACAGUGGCUCGGCUUUUUGGAAUAUUUCUUUACACCAUGGGGACCUUGAUGGUGGCCUUCUCGACUGCAGCUUUCUCCAACCUGCUGUUCCCAGCUGUGUCCCUCCUGUCAGUGGGUGACAUUGUGUUUGUAAUAACCAACAUGCAGGUAGGAAACCUGUUCGGCUCAUGUCGCUCCACCGUCAUCACUCUCUACAACGGGGCCGUUGACUCUUCCUCAGCACUCUUCCUUGUCAUCAAGCUGUUACGUGAGGCUGGCGUCUCUCUCCGCUCCUCCUUCCUGUUCAUGUCCGCCUGCAGCGUCAUUCACCUGCUCAGGACUUUCUUCCUGCUUCCCAGAGACCACAUUCCCUACCCGCUGCCUGAAGACUACACAUACGGGAUGACCUGCGGUAAAUCAAAGACUCUGAUCUCAGAGCUGACAACAGUGAAUGGUAACUCACUGAAGACGACAGAGGAAACGUCCCUCAACAAGGACGUCCCUAUGAAACAAGAGAAGAGUUUCCGUGAGUGUGUGAUGUCCAGGCUCUUUGUGUGGCACGUGCUUUGGCUGUCGGUGAUGCAACUCAGACAUUACUUCUUCAUCGGCACCCUCAACCCCAUGUUGCAGCGGCUGACGGAGGGAGAGCCUUCACUAGUGAGCCAGUACACCAAUGCCUUUGCUAUAACACAGCUGUGUGGCAUCUUGUGUGCUCCCUGGAACGGUCUCAUCAUGGACAGAUUAAAGGGCAAACCUCGUGCUGAAGGAGAGAGUGAACAGGAAGCAGAUCUGCGCGCCUCUGUGCUUUCUCUCUUCGUGACGGUGGUGCAGUGUGUGUUGUUCUCAGUGUGUGCCGCCACCCCGUACCUGCUGCUUCAGUACCUCACCUAUAUCCUUCAGGUGCUCAACCGCUCCUUCCUCUUUGGCGGCAACGCAGCCUUCCUCAGUGUGGCUUUCCCGCCUUGCCACUUUGGGAAGCUGUGUGGUUUGGACCUGGCUCUGUCUGCAGUGUUUUCUCUGCUGCAGUAUCCGUGCUUUGCCCUGGUGAAUGGGCCUCUGGGUGGAGACCCUUUAUAUGUGAACAUCGGUCUGACGUUGCUCAGCCUGCUCGCCUUCAUCCAUCCCCUCUCUGUCUUCUUGCACUGUCGAAGUCUCGCCUCCCAGCGAGCCAUCAAUGCCUCCUCUUAAAGUCUGUAAAAUGAUACUUGCACUUAAGAUGUCCUUAAUAUCACCAUGUUACCUAUUCAGUUUGUUUAAUAGUUCUCAUAUGUCUGUGUUGUGUUGCCAUAUGUAUCAAGUGCUUUUCAGAUUGCUAUGAAGUGUGGUUUUGGGUAGAGUCAUAGCGCAUUCAUCACUCUCUCGAAUCAUGUUAACUGCCUAAUUUAAUUUAUCCAUAAUAAUUGUGCAGUUGACGGGUUGCAAAACACUAACAUCUCUUUCCAGGAAACAUCAUUUUAUUUUCACUGAUGAAUAGAUCAAAUCUUUUUACAUUGUUCUAAAAUUUUAGAGUGUAAUUUGAUGCAGCUUUUUUGUGCAUUAUUUAUAUAUUAUUUAUAUUACAGUUCAUAUCAGUGUGCACCUCUUCACGUUAACAAUGAGUGGUAGGAAAGGUCUGAAUGUAGUAACAGUGUUGUAUCCAACAUUUGAAGUCUCAGGUGUUCAGUGUGUCUCUGUAGUUUCUGUUUUUUAAUGAUGUGUAAAACAUAUAUAGUUUAGA